CUUGAGUGCCUGGGCAAAAACCACGUGAUUAGACUAUUUACAUGCACAUGCCCCAUAUCGAACAGCAUUGCAAACCCAUGUUGGCGUGCUUCUAUAAUCGAAUUCGUUUUGUCAUGACAUAAAGUGCUGUCUAAAAUAAACUCCUCUAAAGACCCAAUGCAGCCAUGAUACGAACACGCACAAUCCAGAUGUCGAGUCUGCUCACGCUCUCGAGCGGGCAGGACACUGAAGCUGGUCGCGAAGGGGCUGCUAGCCUCCGGCAUAUGCGCGCAAUUACCUGCAUCCAAACAGCGCUUUUUGGUCCCUAUCAGGACCCUCCCCCUGGAGCAUGCAUGCAAUUUACGGACUCUGGUUGA